CGGCUUGGCUGAAGAAGCUGUAGCAGCGCCACGUCUCGGGCAGGAGGGAGGGGGGGAGAGAGAGUGUCAAGCUCGGACAGGCUGCUAUAAUGAUCUCCAGGAAGUCCUGAGUUGCCUGCUGACUGGUCUUGGACUGAACUGAAUUGCCUGCUGUAAAACUUCAGAUGAGAGGCUUAGCAUUGUGUGUUCUUGCGUUGCCUCCUUGCUGGCUGCCCUUCUGAUGGAUAGAACCAGGACUUGGUAGCUCUCUUGAAAAGUUGAGUUGUACAACUGGGGAAAUAUUUUCCCUGCAUUCUAAUGACAUCCACCAUGGACUCUUCAGUGAUCCUGCUGGAGAAGCAAGCCAGCAAUGGGCCCCCCUACAGUUCCCAGCAGAGUGUGGCGCUCAAGGCUGAAUUGGAGCAGCCGGUGGAAGGGGACUGCAUCAACGUUACUAGUGUAAAUGACAGCAAAGUGCCAACAGAAGGCGACUGCCUGGUGCCAAAUAGCGGCGAGAUCCCUUGUGUGAAUGGGCCAGCAUCUCACUACCCUGCCUCUUUUGACCACAACGGCAGUCCACGUGGGGAAGUGCCAGCUCCAGGUGUGCCCGGUUUCCAUGACAGCCUAAAGUCGUCUCAGGGAGCUAGUGUGGAGGGCAUAGUUCUUAGGAAGGAAGCGUUGCAGUCCCUCAAACUAAGCCUUCCCAUGAAAGAAACUGAAUUGUGUUCAGCAGAUUCUUCUCUCCCAUUGGAGAAGGAAGAACAAAUCAGACUUCAGGCAAGAAGGCGCCUUGAAGAACAGCUCAAACAGUACCGUGUAAAAAGACAGCAGGAGAGAUCCAAGCAGUCUACAACUAAAAACCGCCCCUCCAGUACCCUCGAUCCUGAGCUAAUGUUAAAUCCAGAAACCUUGCCAAGGGCCAGCACCGUAGCCAUGACAAAAGAAUACUCCUUCUUGCGAACCAGCAUCCCGCGGGGUCCAAAAGUGGGAAGCCUGGGACUUCUAACACAUUCGAAAGAAAGGAAAAGUUCCAAAUCUAACAGGUCAAGUAGGAUCCGGUCUCUGGCCGACUAUAGAACUGAAGAUGUAGAGGGAAACAGUGGCAGAAGUGUUCCAGCUGCCGAUUCACCUGGUGGGUCGCUGAAGGAGAAUCGAAGCAGCCUGACCUCGGUUGUGUCUGAGAUCAGGCUAACCCCUGAUCCGGAAGACCGGCUGGAGAAUUCCUCCCUGGCUGGAGACAGCAUAUCUGAUAUUGACGGAAGUGAAGUAGGACUGAGGCUGGACGGCAACGAGAGUGAUAGUUCUACCUACAGUAGUUUAUCGGGGAGGGGACCCUAUGGUGCAUUACUUAGUGUGGAUCGCAGGCAGGGUAUUCCCUUUACUGUAAAUGGCCAGGAGGUCCCUUUGGAUGCGGUUGGACAGUUUCCUUCCAUCAGGGAAGUGCUGCAGGCUGCUGCUGCAACAGAACAUCAUCCUGAAGAUCAGGAAGUCAAUGGGGAAGUGAGAAGCAGGAGGGACAGCAUCUCCAGCAGCAUAUCGAUGGAGAGUUCUGUGGCAGGCACGCAUGACGAAAUGUUGCAGGUCCUCAAAGAGAAGAUGCGGCUUGAAGGACAGCUGGAAGCACUGUUGUUGGAAGCCAGCGAGGCUCUCAAGGAAAAGACAGAAUUGCAAGCCCAGCUUGCUGCUUUGAACAUGAAGCUUCAGUCCCAAAUGGAGCAUAGUCACAGCAGCCAGCAGAAACAGGACUCCCUGAACUCGGAGGUGGCCACUCUAAAGCAGUCUUGUUGGGACCUGGAACGAGCUAUGGCGGAACUGCAGGCUGCCUUGGAGGCCAAGAAUGCCAGCCUGGCUGCUUCCAACAAUGACCUGCAGGUGGCAGAAGAGCAAUACCAAAGACUGAUGGGGAAAGUGGAGGAAAUGCAGAAAAGUGUCCUUAGCAAGGAUAGCACGGUUCAUGGUCUCCGGCAGCAACUUUCCUCUUUACAAAGCCAGCUCCAGCAGGUGCAGCUGGACCGCACAACGUUAACCAAUAAACUGAAGUCGUCUCAAGCAGAGAUUGCAUCGCUGCAGAAAGUGCGGCACUGGUACCAGCAGCAGCUGGCUGUGGCACAGGAGGCAAGGGUUAGGCUGCAGAGUGAGAUGGCAAAUAUACAGGCUGGUCAGAUGACCCAGGUAGGCCUGUUGGAGCACCUCAAGUUGGAGAACGUAACUCUGUGCCAUCAGUUAACGGAGACUCAGCACAGAUCCAUCAAAGAGAAGGAACGUAUAGCUACACAGUUGCAAAAUAUUGAGGCCGACAUGUUAGACCAGGAAUCAGCCUUUCUGCAGAUCCAAGAAGCUAAGACCAUGGUGGAAGACGACUUGCAGAGAAAACUGGAGGAGUUUGAGGAUGAGAAGGAACAACUUCAGAAAAUGGCUGAUUCUGCAGCGACACUGGAGCAGGAGCUGGAACAGCUGAAAUUGACUUUGCAUCAGCGAGAUCUUCAGGUUGAGGCUUUGCAGCAGGAGCAGCUGGAUCUCAUGAAGCAGUUGACUUCCACUCAAGAGACUUUACAGACCCGAGAGCAGUCGCUGGGUGACCUUCAGAUGCGUUACGAUGAGCUGGAGGCCAGGCUGACGGAGUUGCAGGGGGAAGCCACCUCAAUGGACGACACCAUCCAAUAUUUGCAGAACGAGAAGAUUGUCUUGGAGGUAGCUCUGCAGGUAGCAAAAGCGGGCAAAGAAGGACUCAAAGAAGGAGUCCAAUAUUUAGGAGAGAGCACUGAGGUGGCAUCAGAAGUUUUGAAGCAACUGAGACAAGAAAUCAUUAUAAAGUCAAGUCAGGUAGAAAAUCUGCAACUUGAGAGUGCCAGUCUCAAAAAGCAGACACAGAAGGUCAAGGAACAGUUCCUUCAGCAAAAGGUGAUGGUGGAAGCUUACCGGAGAGAUGCAAAUUCAAAAGACCAGCUUAUCAGUGAGCUAAAGUCUACCAAGAAGAGGCUGGACUCUGAAGUGAAAGAGUUAAGACGGGAGCUGAUCCAGCUUCAGGGCGAAAAGAAAUCGGUGGAGGCUGAAAACUCAAGACUGGGGAAAGCAGUGUGUCAAGUUCAGCAGCAGAUGGAGGAACUGGAUAACCAGUUGCAAGCAGUGCAGAAAGAGCGAGAUGACAUGGAGAGAGAGCUGCAGACUUUGCAGUUUGACAGAGAGCAAAUGUCUGCCCUUGCUGAGAUGAACGAAGCCUUAAAACAGCAGGUUGAUGAAAUGCAACAGGAAACCAAAGUGGCCUUUACUGAACAGAAGCAAAAAAUGAAGCGGCUGGGCUCGGACUUGAACACUGCACAGAAGGAGAUGAAAGCAAAACACAAAGCCUACGAGAACGCAGUUGGGAUCCUUAGUCGCCGGCUGCAGGAAGCCCUUACCGCAAAGGAAUCAUUUGAAGCAGAGCUGACCACAUUGAAAGCGCAAAUCUCUGACAGUGGAAAUAGCCAGGCUGGCCUAGAAAGGAUUCGAGCUCUAGAGACGGAGCUGGAGGCUGUUGGCCACAGUAAGAUGGUGCUAGAAAAGGAAUUGCAAGAAGUGAUCUCGCUCACCAGUCAGGAGCUGGAAGAGUACAGAGAGAAAGUCCUUGAACUAGAAGAUGAGCUUCAAGAAGCAAGGGGCUUCCGGAGAAAGAUAAAGCGACUGGAAGAAAUGAACAAGAAGCUUUCUCUUGAACUAGAACAUGAACGUGGGAAGCUCACUGGUCUUGGCCAGUCCAACGCAGCUCUGCGAGAACACAAUCGUAUCCUUGAAGCAGCACUGGCCAAGAGAGAGGCAGAUUUGGUGCAGCUGAAUCUUCAGGUCCAGGCAGUUCUGAAACGCAAAGAGGAAGAGGAUCAGCAAAUGAAACAACUAAUUCAAGCCUUGCAGAUGGCCUUAGAAAAAGAAAAGACAAAAGUCAAUGACCUUAAAGAGCAGGUCACAACAGCCAAAGCUGAGGCAGCGCAUAAUCGCCGUCAUUAUAAAGCUGCUGCCCUUGAACUCGGCGAGGUUAAGCGAGAACUCCAGGCCAAAGAAGUCCUCAUCCAAGCCCUUCAGGCUGAAGUGGACAAACUGCAAGUUGAAGAUGGGAAGCAUUCAACAGAAGUGUCCCAGUUCCAGCAAGAGCUGGCAGAAGCCCGGUCCCAGCUUCAGCUCCUGCAGAAGCAGUUGGAUGAGCAGCUUAGCAAGCUGCCUGCAGAAAAUCAAGAGGUUGAAGACCUCAAGUGGGAAGUAGAGCAGAAAGAGCGAGAAAUCCAAGCCCUGAAGCAGCAGUUGGACCUGACGGAGCAACGCAGCCAGAAAGAAUGGGAAGGAGUGCAAGUUGUUUUGCAGAAUAUCAAGACAGAGUUGGAGGUGGUACGGGAUGAUUUGUCCUUAACCCAAAAAGAUAAAUUCAUGCUUCAGGCGAAAGUGACUGAACUCAAGAAUAGCAUGAAGACUCUACUACAGCAAAACCAGCAGCUGAAGCUAGAUUUGAAGCAUGGAAAAAUGAAAAAGAGAAAAUCACUGAAGGGGGAGUCAAAUUCUUCAAAUCCUGUGACUCCAGUGAAGAUUCCAGACUGCCCUGUGCCUGCAGCUUUGCUGGAAGAGCUGCUGAAACCUCCAACAGCUGUGAAUAAAGAGCCUCUGAAAAACCUGAACAGCUGUCUCCAGCAACUCAAGCAAGAGAUGGACAGCCUUCAGCGUCAGAUGGAAGAGCACACAAUAACCGUCCACGAAUCAAUGUCUUCAUGGACUCAGAUAGAAGGGCAGUUAGUGGACUUUACAUCUAACUUCACUGCAACUGCAUCAGGCAACCAGAACCUUUCCAUUGUAGACCUAAAGGAUAGUGGUCUAAGCGCUGGUGAAAACGAAGAGUUGAUGCAGUGACCUCAUAGCCUGUUGCUUCACUUCAUGACUGCUUUAAGUAUGUAUCGCAUCUUCAUCAACACCGUUUGGUAACAGGUUUUAGAAUGGGUGGAGAUCUUCCUUCGAAUGGGGGGGGGAAUGUCGGAAGCAAAACAUAUGAAGAUAACUAAUGCUGUAUUAAAAUAAUUUCUAAUCUGUCUGCCUUACUUGAGGGGAGACAGCGAUAUGAGGGUAGAGCAGGGUAAAGAGGUGUGAUGCACCAAGAAGUCUCUGAGAAGACUAAAGCCUUCUCAUCCAUUCAUUCAUAGCUUCAAAGGAAAACUGACUUCGUUAUGCCAUUUCCCACCAUUGUUUUGAUUAGACAGACAAGUUUAAGAGAGUCUAUUUGGACAUUCUGCUCACAGGUAAAACCUAUACAUGAGCAGGGUGAGCACACGAAGCUCCUCAUCCCCACACCCCAGAGGAAAGGUCUGAAACGAGGAGUCUCCUCUACUUGUGGAUUGCAUAAUCGGCACCAAAGUUUGGGGGUCUAAAUUGAGUAGAGGAGGCUCACCGCUUCAGACUUUCACCCUUUAUGAGUUGAAGGACAACGGGGGUAGGCAGAGCUUAACACACUCUCCCCUGCUUUCUGUGCUCACAUGAUACACUUUGCAAGCAAGCAGAGUGCUUAGAUAGCGGAAGUGACUUAGUCUGCUGUAAACCUGGGAAUGUGAACUAGAAUUUUCACACCCACUAAACUGGUGACUGAAUCUUUUUGUUUGUUUUGUUUGAGAGAUGCCCUUGAUUGAUAGAGAUGAUCAGUGCAAACCAAUAACUUCUCCGUGACCAUGAAUCUCAAAACCACCCACUCUGAAGUAGCUCUGUUGCAUCAAUUGGGUCUACUUCAAAGGAAAUAGAUUGAGGAUCCACAACCAAAGGCCAGUGGAGAGCUUUGAUUUCAUGUUGGCAGAUGCCUUUUGCACCUUUUUUGUUGUCGCUGUUCCAUAGUCUUUGAGGACCUCUCCAGUGCAGGGUGUGUAUAAAUAUUUCAACUCUGUUCUUGACCUGGAGCAUCGGUUUUUUUAAACAGACUUAUAUUCUGCAGGUUCCGAAUUUCCAUGGUUUUGUUUUUGUUUUGUUAAAUCUUGUUGCAUCCUAAAUUCUGGUUCGAAAAUGUUGUUUAUAUGGGGCCGAGGAAAGCUAGCCCCUAAAAGCUGAGCUUUUUAGAAAUGUAAAUUCGUUUACUUAUUCUGUCUUUCAAAGAUGGAUGUUAUACUGUCUGUAAACAUUUGUUUGGCUUUAACUCCCCCCCCCAAUGCAGGGAUGGGGAACCUGUGGUCCUCCAGAUGCUGUUGGACUCCAGUGCCCACUCUCCCUGACUAUUGGCCAUGCUAGCUGGGGCUGAUGGGAGUUAGAGUUCAAUCCCAUCUGGUGCAGGGCGCCACAGAUUCCCCAACCCUGUUAUGAUACCAAGUUAGCCUUUGCAGAUACACCCUGCUAAGCUUUAAUUAGCAGGCAGAAACAACAUGCCUUAGGGUUUUUUUUUCUUGUGUUGACAACCAAAAGCCAUCAUUGCUAUAUUUUAAAGCACAGGGACUUGGCUUAGCCUACUUUCUAUUUUGAAGAUUGCCCAGGAUGUCUUACAGAAGAAGAGAAUUAAUGGACUGUCAGGUAUGUAGGAUGUACAAUGCUCUUAGUUGAAAGAUAGACAAGUCUGGGAUGUAAUAAUCAGAUUGCAGAGUCAAGAACUAGAUGUUAAGGUGUACAGAAAGCUGUUAUGAAAAUGAUAGCUAUUUGUCUUGUCCCCACCACUGUUACCCUAGUCUUCUCCAACAUCACGUUACGGUGUACACCUAGCUGCUGCUGAAAAUGGAAGCUAUAGAUCUACCCCACACCCUAAGUUCCUGCAGAGUUGAGUACAACUCACCAGUGAUACGUUGGUAUGUUUUAUUGACCAUUGGUCUUCAGUGAGUGCGUUGGGAGCCGCCCACUGAUCAUGCCAAUAUCUUAAGGUGGGUCACAGCAGUGGUUGUCUUAAGGGGAGGCACAGAAAAGGCAAAAUGGAGAAAAAGAAGGACAUGCAUGGUGAUUGUGUUUUUUAAAAAACGUCCUAUGAUGCAAGCUGGGGUUAAAGGUGGGCCCCAGCUCUGAAAAAGUUGAAGACUACUGCUUUAGAUGUUACAGUGGGGAAACACGGUACUAGAUAUAUAGCUGCCACUUCCAUAGGAUUGUAUCCAACUAAAUCCUACUGAGGGUAGACCCACUGAAAUCAAUGGACCUAUAUUCCUCUGUUAAUUUCAAUGGGUCUUCUCUGAGUAGGACUUAGGUGGAUACAACCCAUAAUAUUUAGUUCUGACAUGGCUUCAGGGUAGAUCGGUAGCAAGUAAGAAAACUCUGGAGUAAGUGACUUUUGAGGGUCUUGGCCUUUGUGUUCUUAAUCUGUAUGUUAGGCUGGAGUUUAAACAGACUUAUUGUAGGGAAGCAAUAGCUUUUUUUUUAUAAGGGUUCUUUUAAUGUGGGUCUCCCCCCAGAUAAUAUACAGAAGUGUUACUCUAAUUUUGCGCUCUGGUCAAAGACCAUUUUCCCUCAAGGGACAGGGUAUGAUGGCCCCAUGCAACUUUGUUUUAAAAAACACACAAACCUUUAUUUUGAAGAUUUGAUUUUCCAUGGGUUGCAUCCAGUGUUAAUCAUAUUCAGAGUAGACCCAUUGAAAGUAAUGGACAUAACUAAGGUCCAUUUAAUUUCAAUAGGUCUAUUCCUCCUAGAAUUCACUUGGAUACAAACCAUAGUCUUUUUUUAAUACUAUGAACCAUGAUUUUGAAACUCCAGUAAGACAUUUUAAUCUUUGCAUAUAGUAUAUGAAGGAAAGGUACUUUUUAAAUGUAAAGGUUUUUUCUGUUUCAGUUAAUGUGAUACUGACUGUCUAUUUCAUAAGACUAAUCAAAUUGUUUAUUGAGACAAGGCAUUGAAAGCUUUAUUGAUUAACCCAGAUAUGCUGAUGGCUUUUACUAGUAAGUCUAUUUUGCGGAGUAAAUAGUAAUGAGUGAUUUUUUUUUGCUGCUGUUCACAAUCCUGAAGCUUGUAUACUUGCUAACUUAAACAGGAAGAAAUACUGUAGUAUUUAAACACCAAAGGUAAUACUAUGUAAUGAAUUAAUAUAUAUUCGGCUCCCAAAUUUGCACCAGUGGGAUGUUCAUAUUGCUGUUCUACUUAGUACAUUGUGUUAUUUACAGGAAAGAUUCUGAUAUUUAUAGAUUUUGACAACUUUUAUUUACCCAUGUUUUAAAAUACUAAAUUUAAAUAAUGCACCUCUUUCAGGCCUUUACCAAUUCCUUAUCAGCUCUUUAAACCAGAACUAGACUGUAUAUUCACAAAGCAAGUAUGUAGCCUUAAGUGCGUGUCUUUCUCCUUGGGGGAAAGGAAAUCUUAUUUACCCAGCUGAAUAUGCUUUUUUCCUUUCCAUUAUAUUUCCCCCUUCUAGUUUUAUCUACUGUUAUCUUGACAUUUUGACUAGAAAGGAAAUGAGAGGUCUAAACUUGGGAGAAAGAGAGCGCACUUAACCAGCAACAAACUUCAUUUAACUAUCUACAAGUUUCAUUUUACAGAACUUCCAUCACUUUCUCCCUCUUUGGAGGCUUUGCUUUUUUAAAAAGGUGCUGUGUUUUAAUCUGUAGUUCAAGGAAUGGCUUUUUCUGAAAUCUCCGAUUAGCCAAGCGGACAGGUGUCUCAAUUUUAUUUUGGCAUGCUCUUAGAGAGCAGAAGAAUAAUCUCAAGGAGAUCUGCUGUGUAUGGUUAUUGGAAGGUACUUUUAUGUCUGUUUGUUCAUCCCCAGAGGUUAAUACCUAUUCAGGUAUGUUUUAAUGAUAAAAGUGGGGGGAGAAAGCCCAAGAAUGCUCUGUCUGAAUAUUGCAGAGAGAUCUUAAUGAAGAAAAGCAUCAGUAUUCCUUUAUGAAUUUAGAGGAUUGUUUGAGGGCUUUUCUGCCAUCUUGCACAGUGUUACAGUAAAAACAAAACAAAAGCCUUUGCUUGGGCAGAUGCUUCUGUAAACUGAGUGUCUGCAGGAUAUGGGUGUUAAUUCCACUGUCUUCCAAGUUGUUUGGAGACUUCGGUACUCUUGUUAACUCAGUUCUUCCUUUUCCUUGUAUGCAGGCAGUUACAUCCUACACAUUGGCCAAGUUUUUUUUUUCCUUUCAGGAAAAUGCUAUUGUUGUUUUGAGAAAGGCAACUCGUUUUCCAGAAUGAUACAUGCGUGCUGGGUGUUGUGUGCAUUACUGCUGCUUUUGUAUGUCAAAUUCAGUACGGUGGGAGUUUCUGUAAGCAGCUGUAUAUUGAUCAGCAUGGGAUCAUUAAAGGUAGAUAAUUCUGAUCAUCAUAGACCAAAAUGUGUCAAACCAUCUCUUGGUGUGACAGAUGCACAAUUAAAAAUGGGGAAUUCCUGUCAUUCUGCAUGCAAGAAGGAUCUGUUCUAGCUUUUGUCAAUCUGGUACCCUCCAGAUGCUUUAGACCACAACUCCCAUAAGCCUCAGCCAGCGUGUGUUUGAAACUUCUGGAGGGCACCAAGUUGACAAAGGCUGAUCUAUUUUAUAAUGGCAUUUGUCUGAUAUAAUUAAAUGGUUUACCUCCCAGCAGCAGGUAUCAUUCUAGUCACUGGGAUUCUUUUCUAUGAAAACUUGCCUUGCCCUGAGUAGAGCUGCACAGAGUUAUUUGACGAAAUAAUAUCCAAAUGUUCUCAUGCAUAUUAUGUCACAUUUAAAUAUGUUUGCAACCAGUUGAUUAGGAAAAGCAUCACCUCCAUAACAUUUUUUUUUCAUUUGGGAGUUCAGACAAGGGAAGAGUUAUGAGGUAUUUAAGGAUUAGUGACUGUGACCUUUUAAAAAAGCAUGUUAAUUAAAAAAAGAUUAAGACAUUCUUGGUUUUGUGCAAUAAACUAUUUUUCAUAAAAAAAGGUUUCCAUUGUAAAAUUCUGGGGCUUGUGGCUAAUUCAAGACAAAAGCAAAUUUGGAAUGAAGAAGACUAGAAAAAAUCUUAAAAGUGCAUUUAAAGAAGAAAAAAUGGGAAAGAAAACGUGCUGAUCUUUAUCAUCUUUCACAAAUGGGACAAGUGAAGAAUGAAGAGUUGUCCAAGAUCGAGCUGCAGAUUGAAAUGCAAGACUGAGAAGUUUGCCCUUUUCACUUUUUUUAAGAAGGAAAAUGUUCAGUAGAAGCAUGUUAAUUGCAUCCAUCCUAGUUUUAGAAGCAGUAUGUAUUAAAAAAAACAUGGUAGGCUGCAACUUCAACUUUCAAUUCAAAAGUUCCCUUUUUAAAACAAGCCUUCCACAUCAUGUCACUGUGCGGUGGUUGCUCUUUUACCUUUUCCUUCUGUUGUAAUGACUUUAUGGCCUUUUCUUUCUUCGGGUCUGGUUGAGCCCAGUACCUAUUCAUGUAUUGCUACCCUCUGUAGGAUUGUACACUUUUAUUGUACGUGUGUGUGUCUGUUGACUAUUGUCACCAAACAUAGUGAGAUAUUAAGGGAAGACAGCUUGGAAAAAAUAUUUACCAAGGCUUUCUGGGCUCAAUUCAGUAUUCAGAUGAUUUUAAAAGCCUUAGUUCCUUAUUUAAAACUAUGGAUUCUUCCACACUUGUCAAUUUGUGGGUGACUAGCAGCCUUCGGAAUCAGUCUUCAUCCACAUAUCGUUACUUUAAGCAAUCCUCAAUUUAAACAGCAAAGGGAAAUCGAUCGAUUGCUCUAAACUUAGACCUAAACUUAGACCACAGGCCUUCAACCUAUGGGUCGCAACCCCAAGGUGGGUCAUGAGGCCAUGCUAAGAGGGCCGCACAAAGCCUUACUUUCACCUCCUCCCCACCCCAAAGCUUCCCUGGCUCAUCGCAGCAGUGGAGGAAGGAGGCAGCAGGGGUGGUGCAGGCAAGCAGUGGAGGAAAACUCAUGAAGAGGCAGGGGCAGCUCCACAGCAACUGCCCUGCUCUGCUGCACUGCCACUGCCUGCUUCACUGAUGCUGUUGCAGACUGUGGCAGAGGACGAGGAAGGAAGUGUCAGGUGGCAGGACUGUUGCUCAGGAGCUGCCCCGGCCUGUCCUGAGUUUUUCCUUGCGACUCACCUGGGCUAUCCACCUCUGUCUCCCUCCUCUUCACGGGGUUGAGGGGGGGGCUUAGUGUGGUCUAAAGGUGGGGAAAACGGAGGCAGACUUAGCCAGGUCUAACCCCACUGCUAACAUUUUUUGCUCCCACCCUGUGGUCCAGCUUUGAUAGGUAGAUGGUUCCUGUCAAUCAUGUGACAUCACAUCAAAAGUGAAAAUGUAAAAGUGGGUCCCAUGUUGCACGUUGGGAGUCAGAGAGUGGAGGAGGAAGCCAAAUAAAUAUAUUCAACAAGAGGCAGAAUGGCAUACCUUAGUUCCCAGCCUAUCCCAAGCUGGGGAAGAAACUGGACAGACAGCAUCUGUUUUCCUCUAAAUCAGUGGUUCUUUGGUUC